AAGAGUAAAUACAUAUAAAGUCGACUUGGCGCGAAAGUCGAGACCCCCGAGAGACUAUCUUGCUCGGUACUUUUGAUAUUCACUUUCACGAAGAAAUUCGGCGCUAAUCAGUCGACGACGCAGUUCAGUGAAGAAGUGUGCUUGUGCUUUGUAAACGAUAGGAACGUCUAUCAUAAUGAGAAUCAUUUUGCUCUCCUUUUGCGUGCUCAUCGCGGUUGUCCACAUUUCUCCAGCCCCCCAAGUAACAGACCUGCCCAAUUACACUAAACUGACGGCCGAAGAGUUGCGUUCCCUCCAAAACCGCGGCUUCGGUCCCACCGUUCCGUCGUUCCGACCCACCGUGGCUUACGAGGAAGCCGAAGAGGAAUACGAGGACAGUGAGCCGGAAUCUAGUCAGGAUAGGCAUCAGGCUUACCCCAAUGCGAACGUCAACUACCAACCACAAACCUACCAAGUACCAUUGAGAGUGGCCCAUCCCAAGGUCCAGCCCACUCCCAAGCCCGAAAGGAAGAUUGCCAUUCAACAGACCCAGUACAGAAGGGGAGAAGCUGUAGUAUCAGAUCAUCCUGGUAACAAGUUGGAGGAAGAAGAGGAAGAAAAAGAAGAACCAGACAGACUCAGCAUUCUUUUGCCUCAAUCCAGGUUCAAUUGUAAUGGCAAAAAUACCGGUUAUUAUGCUGACGAAGAUUUAGGCUGUGAAGUUUUCCAUUAUUGUCAGGACAACGCCAAACACUCCUGGAUUUGCCCAGAAGGCUUCACUUUCCACCAGGUGCAUCUCAUUUGCAUGCCUCCAGGAGGUGAUAACAUUUGUGAGAAAUCAUCUAGUUAUCACUUUGUGAACGAUUUCUUGUACAAGCCAAUCAACUUGGAAGAGUUUCAAUCGAAACCCAAUGUUUCUUUGAGAUAUUCAGACAGAUAUUUCCCAGACUCUUACCGUCAAACAUACGAUGACGAAGAGGAACAGCCAAGUCAUCAUCAACAUUCUGUUCGUGUGACGGUCCAACCACGUCAGCAACCCUCGUCAACCUUUAGGCCACAGACUUCCGUCGGACAAGUGUUCAGAUCUCCUGAAGAAAUCAACAUUUCCUUGCAGCAAAGAAGACCACAAUAUACAACGUCAAAAUAUGAGGAUUACUAAAAAUACAUCGUCCUAUGUUAUUUAUCAAAAUUCUGUAAAUAUUUAUUAUCCAUAUUAUUAAUGUACUUUAAUUGUAAUUAUAGUAUUUAGGCUAAAUAAACCAAUUAAUCUUUUAA